AUGGCAACUCCUACCGUCACCGAGUUCAUCACAAGGACGGUGAAUGCCACAGCAGCGACAAGCACCUCCAGCUCUCGAGCAACUCCCCAAGGCGGUGUCUUUGAAGGCCUCAAUCCCACCCAUUAUGACCCCAAAAACCCCAUUACUCUCUUCAUCAUCCAGGCCGCUAUAGUCAUUAUCCUCACACGUAUCAUCCAUGUGCCUCUGGCCUACCUCCGCCAGCCUCGAGUGAUCGCCGAGGUCAUCACUGGCAUCAUACUGGGUCCUUCGGUCAUGGGGAGGAUCCCCGGAUUUACAGACGCCAUCUUUCCCGCCAGUUCUAUGCCAGCUUUUACACUGGCUGCCAAUCUUGGAUUGGUGUUGUUCUUGUUUCUUGUUGGGCUGGAAGUCGACUUGCGCUUUCUCGCCAGCAAUUGGCGCAUCGCGCUGAGCGUGAGUGCUCUUGGAAUGGCUAUCCCUUUCGGGCUCGGGUGUGGUAUUGCAUGGGGCCUCUACCGUGAUUUCCGGACUGAGUCUGGUCUGGCUCCCAUCAGCUUUGGCGUGUACAUGCUUUUCAUCGGUGUGGCCAUGGCAAUCACCGCGUUUCCCGUCCUUUGCCGAAUCUUGACUACUCUAAAACUACUCAGCACUCCCGUUGGGGUUAUCGUGCUAUCCGCCGGGGUCGGCAAUGAUGUCGUUGGGUGGAUAUUGCUCGCUCUGUGUGUUGCUCUUGUUAACUCUGGCGCUGGUCUCACCGCUCUAUGGAUCCUGCUCGUCGCCAUCGGUUACACACUGUUUCUGGUCUUUGCCGUCCGACCGGUCGUCAUGUGGUUUCUUCGAAAGACGGGAAGUCUCGCCAACGGUCCGACGCAAACGGUAGUCGCACUGACAAUCCUACUCGUCCUAGCAUCGGCAUUCUUCACUGGCAUCAUUGGCAUCCAUCCCAUUUUUGGUGCCUUCAUCAUCGGGUUAAUGCUGCCUCACGAAGGAGGAUUCGCCAUCAAGCUUACAGAAAAGAUUGAAGACCUUGUUGGCGUUCUCUUUCUACCUCUUUAUUUCGCACUGUCGGGGUUAGGCACUAACCUCGGGCUUCUCAACAACGGCCUGACCUGGGGCUAUGUGGUUGGCGUGUGCGUAAUCGCCUUUGUAGGGAAGAUAGCCGGUGGGACCCUGGCCGCCCGAUUCAAUGGUCUUGUCUGGCGGGAAUCCUUCACAAUUGGCGUUCUGAUGUCGUGCAAAGGCUUGGUCGAAUUGAUCGUCCUCAACAUCGGCCUACAGGCCAAAAUUCUCAGCACCCGGACAUUCACCAUUUUCGUUGUUAUGGCUCUCAUCACCACCUUCGCAACGACGCCAUUGACUACGUGGCUAUACCCGCCUUGGUACCAGCGGAAAUUGGAGCUUUGGAAGCAGGGCAAGAUCGACUGGGACGGUAAUCCGCUUCACCCAGAAACUGACACGGAACCAAGUAGCGAGGCGGACAUUCUUCGCAAGACCAACGUUGCAAAGAAGGUGUUGGUCUAUCUUCGUCUCGAUGGUCUUCCCGGUCUGUUCACCAUGGUUUCCUUACUUGCCCAUAAAUCUGAGGAGGAAGCUGUCGAGCCUCAGGAUCAUACCAAAAACGACGAGCCGAUGAUCUUAAACGCACAAGCCCUCAGCUCAGUAGUCAGGCUUCGCCGCCCUCUUCAAGUCCACGGUCUGCGCCUCAUGGAGCUCACGGAACGAGAGUCCAGCGUAAUGCGCGUCUCGGAGAUUGAGGAAUUUGCUGGACGAGACCCAGUCAUUAAGGCAUUCGGCACUUUUGGACAAUCGUGUGAUAUGGCAGUGGCUGGACAAAUUGCUGUGGUGCCCGAUCACAGCUUCUCGGGCACAUUGUUGUCUCGCGCGACGGACCUCAAGAGUGAUCUUGUGUUGGUUCCUUGGUCUGAGACUGGAACAUUGUCCGAAUACCCUAGUUUGUUCGAGGCAAAGCCGGGUGAUCCGCUGGCGAACAAACAAUUUGCGACACUUGCGGCAGAGAUUUUGGAGAAAGCAAGAACGACUUGCCCUGUAGGUGUGAUUCUUGACAAGACAGUCCUUUGUGCGCCAUUUGGAGCUUCAAAUAUCGACUCUCCAGUACUUGAACGAUCAACACGACAACUAAACAGGACCCUUACCGGAGUUAGUCUUGUGGAUCAGAUGAACUCGACUGUCCACUUCAAGUUGGCCGAAAGCAGACGGACUCGGCUCUUCGUUCUCUAUCAAGGCGACAGCGAAGAUGACCUUUUUGCUGUGCGCCUCGGUCUACAGCUGGCUAAGAAUCAGAUGGUCGAUCUAAAGAUUCUGAAUGCAAGAGUUGACCCCGACAACGUGGACGCUGAUCAACGCGUCGAAGACACCGACCAUGAUAACAAGAUGGCCGGCCUAUCAAAAGUCCAUACUCUUCGCACGCCUACAGAUUUUGAGUUCGACGCCCUCCGGUCAAGCAUCGCGGAUUGUGGCUUCGACAAAAGAGUGACAGUCGUGGACGUGCAUUCGUUGGGUCUGGAGGCAGUGCUGGCAGCGAUUUCCGAACCUAACCCUGCGGAAACGCUUGUCAUAAUCGGUCGAAGCACUUUUCAUCCCAAAGCGACCUACACUGUCUUGGGUACCGCUACAGGAGAGUCGUCAAUGUCUAGUUUGAUGGCUAUCACUAGUUACGCUGGACCGAGUUCUGUGCGCGAGGACAAUCACGCGCUGGGACCGCUGGCCACACAGCUCGUGAAAGUCGUCCGAGAGAGGCAAUUGCAGACAGGACUACUCGUCGUCCAGGCCCGGAAAGAGAAUGCGUCGGAAAUUUCUGACGCGUUUGGAGGAUUCGGAGCACCGCCGGAUGCGAUGGACGCAAAAGGUCUGAAAGGAUUGGCGUUGGCCAAGAAGAUGAGCGCCUUGAGCGAUGACGACUAG